AUGCUCAUCGCAGCCACUGCCGUCUUCGUCUACUACACCGUCUGGACGCUGUUCAUGCCCUUCGUCGACGAGGACCACGUCCUGCACUCGCUCUUCCUGCCCCGCGUCUGGGCCAUCCGCAUCCCCGUCAUCCUGAUCAUCCUGUUCACCACCGUCGUUGGCUCCUUCCUGUCCGUCGUCAUGAUAAGGAGCAACCGCAAGAAGGCGCUCAAGGCCCAGCAGAAGAAGGCCUCGUAG